AUGACUCUGGAUCUGUUGGAAGUGCUCGCCAUCGAUGGCCACUCUAUUGACUACUUCCUCAUCGACCAGAAGCCAUCGAAAUACUGUCGCAUAUGCGGUGACAUAGCGUGUGGCUUUCAUUUCGAUGCACUGAGUUGUGAGUCGUGUAAGUCAUUCUUUAGGAGAAAUGCCUUGAAAGACAUGGAUGACAUUAAAUGUUUUUUGGGCCGCAAUUGUGAGAUAACUGUCGGCAAUCGGAAACGCUGUAAGAGAUGUCGUUUGGAUAAGUGUUUGGCCGCAGGAAUGAAAACACAUUUGAUUUAUUCACGAAAACACAAAAAGGAUAUAAAUGUAAAUAUAUCGGAACAACAACUGGUGUCUAUCAAUAGACCGCUCACUGAUUACAGCACUGUUUUCAAUGAAUUAGAGGCCAAUCGAUUCACUGAAUUAUUGAAUGGCACUAAAAAAUUUCAAAAUCUCGUCGACAUUACGAAUAGGAUAUUCAUCGAUGAGAUGAGCGACGGAUUAAAUGUAUUAAAUAUUAAACACGAGAAUGGGAUCAGAGAUAUCGUUCAAAUGUCGGGACUAUUGGCCAGUUUUGGUGAUCUCUGCGAAAACGAUCGCUUAAUUUUGAUUAAAUACUCGUCGAUUGAGAUCAAUAUUUUACGUAUGGUUUCGUCGUUUAAUUUUCAAGAAGGUUAUUGGGAUAUAGUUUUGGGUGAUAGUUCGUACAUGGUUAGAUUGGACCUGCUCAAUCACCAUAAAGUACCUGGCGAAAUUGAAAGUAGUUACGAUUGUCAUAAAAACUUUUUGCAAUGCAUUGGACACGACUGGGAAUCGGAUCCACUUAUACUUGAUUUUUUGACAGCUAUUCUCCUAUUUAACCCGAAUCGGCCGCAUUUGAUCUACCCGUCAGCCAUUAAGUAUCAACAGAAUAUAUACAUAUAUUUAUUUACCCGAUAUUUACGAAUGAAAUAUCGGUCGGAAUUGUUAUCGUCGGCCAAAUAUAUGCGUUUAGAAAUAGAGCACUCUAAACACCAUCACUUGCCCGACCCCUUACACACUGCACCGCUAUUUACAGAGAUUUGCACUCGCGUUGAAUGA